GCUCAAGUCCAUCCUGCGCAUGGACGAGGACCAGUGCGCGCGGCGCGUCGCCCAGAAGUACCUGCGCGUCGUGGACCCCGACUACUACGAGUUCGAGACGCACAUCUUCUUCGACGACGCGUUCGAGAUCAGCGACGUCAACGACGACUGGAGCGUGUGCAACCGGUUCGUCAAGCUGCUGGUGACCAUCAUGGACGAGGCGGCCUCGCACGUCCACGAGACCAACAUCCGCAUGCGCCCGCCCAAGAAGUACCCGACCCCGUACGGCGGCCGCCUCGAGUGGAUCCUGCCGGGCAAGACCAAGAUGAUCGCGCACCUCAAGGACAAGUCCAAGAUCCGUCACCGUAAGCGCUGGAGCCAGGUCAUGUACAUGUACUACCUGCUGGGCCACCGCCUCAUGGAGCUGCCCAUCUCGGUGGACCGCAAGGAGGUCAUGGCGGAGAACACGUUCCUGCUCACGCUCGACGGCGACAUCGACUUCCAGCCGCACGCCGUCCAGCUGCUCAUCGAUCUCAUGAAGAAGAACCGCAACCUGGGCGCGGCGUGCGGUCGCAUCCACCCCGUCGGCUCCGGCCCCAUGGUGUGGUACCAGAUGUUCGAGUACGCCAUCGGGCAUUGGCUGCAGAAGGCCACCGAGCACAUGAUCGGCUGCGUCCUCUGUAGUCCCGGCUGCUUCUCGCUCUUCCGAGGCAAGUCGCUCAUGGACGACAACGUGAUGCGCAAGUACACCACCCGCUCGGACGAGGCCCGCCACUACGUGCAGUACGAUCAGGGCGAGGACCGAUGGCUGUGCACCCUGCUGCUGCAGCGAGGCUACCGGGUCGAGUACUCGGCCGCCUCGGACGCCUACACCCACUGCCCCGAGGGCUUCAACGAGUUCUACAACCAGCGUCGUCGCUGGGUGCCCUCCACCAUCGCCAACAUCAUGGACUUGCUCGUGGACGCCAAGAAGACCAUCAAGAUCAACGACAACAUCUCCAUGCCCUACAUCGCCUACCAGAUGAUGUUGAUGGGUGGCACCAUCCUCGGCCCCGGAACCAUCUUCCUCAUGUUGGUGGGAGCCUUCGUGGCCGCCUUCAAGAUCGACAACUGGACCAGCUUCUACUACAACAUCAUCCCCAUCAUGUUCUUCAUGCUUGUCUGCUUCACGUGCAAGGCCAACAUACAGCUCCUAUUUGCUCAGAUGCUCUCCACGGGCUAUGCCAUGGUCAUGAUGGCUGUGAUCGUGGGUACUGCCCUCCAGCUGGGCGAGGACGGCAUCGGCUCGCCGUCGGCCAUCUUCCUCAUAGCUUUGUCGAGUUCGUUCUUCAUAGCAGCCUGUCUCCAUCCACAAGAGUUCUGGUGCGUGGUGCCGGGCAUCAUCUACCUCAUGGCAAUCCCCUCCAUGUACCUGCUGCUCAUCCUGUACUCCAUCAUCAACCUCAACGUCGUCUCGUGGGGUACGCGAGAAGUGGUGGCCAAGAAGACCAAGAAGGAACUCGAGGAGGAGCGCAAGGAGGCGGAGGAGGCCAAGCGCAAGGCGCGCCAGAAGUCGCUGCUCGGCUUCCUCCAGAACGUGAACAGCGGCGGCGCGGACGGGGACGAGGGCGGCAUCGAGAUCUCGCUGGCCGGCCUCUUCAAGUGCAUCUUCUGCACGCACCCCAAGUCGGUGGACGACAAGGCGCAGCUCGUCCGGAUCGCCGAGUCGCUCGACUCGCUCGGCAAGCGGCUGCAGACCAUCGAAGUGGCCGUUGACCCGCAGGGGCAGCACGGCGGCCGCAGGCGCACGGCCUCGGCGGGCAGCAGGGACCACCACCUCGGCUCGCUGGCCGAGGACCCCUCGGCGGAGGACCAGCUCAACGACUCGGACAGCGACACGGCCACCACAGAGGGCAAGCAGAGGCGGGAUGACCUAGUCGACCCGUUCUGGAUCGAGGACCGCGAUCUAAAGAGGGGCGAGGUGGACUUCAUCUCCACCACGGAGAUGCAGUUCUGGAAAGACUUGCUGGCCAAGUACUUGUACCCCAUCGACGACGACAAGAACGAGCGGGCCAGGAUCGCCCACGACCUUAAAGAACUGCGAGACAAGUCCGUGUUUGCUUUCUUUAUGGUGAAUGCUAUCUUUGUCCUCAUCGUGUUCCUGCUCCAACUGAAUAAGGACCUCCUCCACGUAAAGUGGCCCUUGGGGGUCAAGACUAACAUUACGUAUGACGAGACCACCCAAGAGGUGCUCAUCUCCAAGGAGUACCUCCAGCUGGAGCCCAUCGGUCUGGUGUUCGUGUUCUUCUUCGCGCUCAUCCUGGUGAUCCAGUUCACCGCCAUGUUGUUCCAUCGCUUCGGCACGCUCUCGCACAUCCUGGCCUCGAUGCUCAAGUCCAUCCUGCGCAUGGACGAGGACCAGUGCGCGCGGCGCGUCGCCCAGAAGUACCUGCGCGUCGUGGACCCCGACUACUACGAAUUCGAGAGUGAGUGCCUCCGUCAGCGCCUGUGA